AUGCGUCCUCGCCGCGUCCCUUCCUCCUCCCCCCUUCGCUCCCCAUAUGUCUGGAUUCCUGACACCCUCCUCACCGAGGCCUUCCACCGCUUCCUCCGCACCUCCAGCGCCCUUCCCGCCCCGUCCUCGUGUCGCAGCGCUCCCCGCGCGUGCUCCGGCGUCCCUCCUGCACCAGCCCUUUGCUCCCGCCGCCAUGGUAGCAACGUCCCUGGUCCGCUCGAGGCGAAUCGACGGCUGGCGCGGAGGCGGAUGGGCGCGACGGUCGAGGCAUAUAGCGACGGGGGCGCACCGAUAGAGUGGGCGUGGGGCGGCGGGUUGGGUCUCGGUGGGUGGAAUGGACGGUCACUUGGGUUGGACGCGAGGGUGCCGACGAUGGGGGAGUUGAUGUGGGAGGCUCCAAAGACGAACGAAAGGGAACGGUAUAGAAGAGAGCCAGGCGAGGACGUGAGCCGUCAUGAUGCUGCGCACGCUGAUAGAGAUACAUCUAUGCCGCAAUGCAAUCGGUUAGAACCCUCCUCACCAUCCUUAAUUUCCGCUUUAUCUCGGGAAUGGCUUUCACCGACUCCACGUAGCCAAUGCUUUGAGGAGCUUGCCUCCUUAUCUGGCACUAUCCGACAACUGGACCGGAUACGGCAGUCCUAUACGACCACGGACUUAGACAACGACGCUUUCUCGCACUUGAUAUUCCAGUGCUUGAGCAGAGAACAACAGGCUGGUGCCGUGGCUUGGCAAAUUUUCAAUCCCGAUUUUCUCAAGGACGUGGAUAUUGUCGCGACCGUGGUGCAACGGACCGGCGUGGACGAGCGGUCGGCAUUUUUUCGCCUCGUCAUGGCUGGAGUGCGGCACCGGCAUCUCAAGUCCGCUAUCAAAGCGCAUGCCGGCAGAGAAUACGAAAUUCCAGCGCUGUUCGGUCGGAUUGAAGAGCUGUGGACUCGAGUGUGCUCACCCACCCCGAACGUUCCUGGCGACACCGAGUCACUUGAAAGCGCAUCCACGUUGCCACUCUGGACAUAUGACUCACUAACAUACAAGCCGAAGCCCUCCACGGACAGGGUUUCCGAACGGAUACCAUUAUGGAAGGACGUAGCACAGGCAAUUCUUAAGCGUCUACGACAACGAGAUGUCGCCCCCCAUGAGCUCGAGAACUGGCGAUCUCUCGUGAUUCGACUGCACCGAACCCUCUGGCUCGAUUCCGAGAUCGAUGAGACCUUUACCCCCGCCAUGACUGUAAUGGACUUGCUCCGGAAACUGCCAGGCAUGGGCAAGGGGUCAUCCGAUUCUGCAGGUCACUCGGCCUUCACGGAGCAAAACAUUGCACAAAUCCUUUUAGACCUACGGCCAUCGGUUGACACGGACUUCUGCACCUCAUUCAGCGACCAUCUACAUACGUCGGAUGGGCCGACGAAGACCAAGCAGGCCAUCGUGGACAAAUGGAUUGGCGUUCUCAAAAUUGCGGACAUGCAGUCACAGACUUUCUGUUCCAUCAACUGGAGUGCCGUCCUCUGUGUCGCCGCGCAACAUCUAGAUCCAUUGGACGUUGUGAUACAUCGGAACGGGAUAGAUGAUUCCACACUUUGCCGGAUUCUAAUCCAUCGAUGGGCAUCUUCGUGUGGUGUUUGUCUCAACCACGCUCAAGAACUGGAGGAUACGUUUCUCCGCUCCUGUCAAGCCGCCGCCGAGGAAGUAGGCUCGCCGCCUCACCUCCCUUACAGGUUACUUCUCCUGGCGGUGAAGAGUUGCGGGAUUAUUCAGGCACAUAUGAUGUCGGACGUUUUCACGCUUGUCCUGCGCACUCAGGGAACCUCGAUCUUCUUCCAGCUACUCGGCGACGUCAGACGUAGCGGUAUCGCGGUCCAUCACGAUCAGGUGGCAUCUGUCCUUAGCCGAGCGGGUUGGUAUGAAUCCAGCGGAAAGGCUGGCGUUUCCAUCUUGAAGUACUGGACGGAGUACUUAACCGCCAUGAUUCAAAACGGUUGCCAUAGUGACCAGGUUUUCAACAUCGUACGGUAUAGAAACUACAGUGUGGCUAGUCUUGCCCCACCUGGCGCUACUGGACUUGCUGAACACUUGGGUGCGACGAACAACUCAGGCCGUCCCUCAACGACCAACAAGAGUCAAGGAACCCAGAUUGCGCGUCAGGACUUCACCCCAGAGUAUGUGCAACUUAUGCACGACAUCGCAUGGCCGUUCGCCACCGUCAGCAAAUAUCCCUACCGAGUCCGACUCCGCAACGUCUUCUACUGCUGUCAAAUCCUCCAGCGCCGCAACAUCCCCAUCCAACCUUCCCUGGCCCGCGCCUUGAUCCACAUCGCGGUCCACGAGCAACUGGCACGUAUGCGCCCCGUCAGCCUCUCCAUGCAACGCUACAUCGCCGCCCUCAUCUCUAAUAUCGAAGGGGAGGCGCAGGCGGUGGAGUUCCUGGCCUCCCUCGCGCCGUACAGCGACAAGUUGGCACGGAUGCGGAAUUUUCUCGAGCGCAUGGAGAGCGGGCGGUUCCGGCGGCUUGUGGCGCAGGGCCGGCUCGAUGGGCUGCCCACGGAGUAUCUACAGUAUAUCCUGAAGAAACGUAUCCUAGGCGGCAAAAUGGAUACGUCGAGGAGGUGGAAUGAUCGGAGGGAUGGCGUGACUGUGGGGAAUCUUAGUCGGAAACGGUAUGGGAUACGGAUGCAUUUCCGCCGCAGUACUAUAUAG